CGCGACGUAAUCCCGAGGGAAUAAUCCUCCCAAAUUUCAAUUGUACUGCACUAUACAGCGCAUGUUUCGCAAAGCUUUUGGACUCCUCUCGAUUCGAACAAUCCCCUCGUCAGCUUUGCGCCUCCCGCCUUACCUCAGGGCUAGCUAGCCAGCACCGCCGUAGAUCCUUAUCGUUCCUUAAUUACCCCGCAAUUUUCGACAACCAAGGCUAGCACAACACCUCCCAGAAGACGAGGUCCUCUUCGAUUCCAGGAGCCGAGGAAAAAGGAAGAAAGCAGUCACCAACUCAAGCAACCAACAUGUCCAAACCAAUCCCCAUCGUGGACUCCCACAUCCACCUAUUCCCCGAAUCCCACCUGCCGACCUUGGCCUGGCAUGGCCCCCAGAGCCCCCUGGGCGCGCAGCACUCGGUCGACGAGUACCGCCAGGCGACGACUGCCGCGACCACAAGUAACCCGAGCGCCGCGGGCGCCGCGCCCUCCUAUCUCCGGGGCUUCAUCUUCCUCGAAACCGACCGCAUCUCCUCGGUCGAUCCCGAAAAGCUCGGCUGGUCCCAUCCGCUGGACGAGGUGUCCCUCCUGACGCGGAUUAUCACGGGUGCCCCCGUGCCCGGGGAGGGCCAUGCGGCGGCAGAUCGCCAUCUGUGUCUCGGGAUGGUGCCGUGGGCGCCGGUGCCGGGGGGUGCGGCGGCCUUGGAGAGGUAUAUGGGGCUGGUACGGGCGCGGACCGGGGAGGAUGUCUACCGCAAAGUCUGCGGGGUGCGGUAUCUGGUCCAGGAUAAGCCGGCGGGGGUGAUGGGGCAGGCUGGGUUCGUGGAGGGGCUGCGUUGGCUUGGGCGACAGGGGCUGGCGUUCGAUCUUGGGGUUGAUGCGAGGCAGGGCGGCAUGUGGCAGUUGAGGGAGGCGGCGGAGAUGUUGAGGAUGGUCUUUGACCGGGUGGAGGAGGGAUCGCGGGUGAAGGUCGUAAUUAACCACCUGUGUAAACCGAAUCUUCGGCUGCCGUAUCAUGGCCCGGCUUCUGUGGCCACUCAUCCGGAUUUCUUGGAGUGGUCGUCCUUGAUCAUGGCCAUGGCCCAGUAUCCCUCGACCUUUAUGAAGCUUUCCGGCGGAUUCUCGGAGCUGCUGCCGCUGGAGGAGGGCACGGAGCCGGAUGUCAAGGCGCUGGUGGACAGGAUCCAGCCAUGGAUGGAUGUCGUGUUCGAUGUCUUUGGGCCGCGGAGAGUCAUGUUUGGGUCGGAUUGGCCGGUGUGCAAUGUCGGCGGCGGAGGAAAUGCGGUUUCGUGGGGCCGGUGGAAGAGGGUCGUCGAAGAGAUCUUGGACCGCAGAGGCUUGUCCCCCGCGGAAAGAGAAGGGGUCUGGGGCGGUGUUGCCGCCCAGGCUUACGGCGUGGAGAUUUGAGUCUGUCGGUACUAAAGUUUACACUUAGGCUUAUUCAUAGCUAUAUAUGCGUGAUAUGCAGGGUAGGGUGUCAGUCAUAAAUA